AUGUUCUCUUCCACGAAUCCGUACGACGAGAUUGUCGCUGACCACCCUUUAGUCAAGGCGACCGAUGAGAAUCUCGCAUCCGAGGAUUGGGCGCUAAACUUGGAAGUCUGUGAUAAGGUGUCUUCGGAAGGCGCUACCGGAGCGCGGAAUGCUGUCGCUUCGCUGCAGAAGCGAUUAUCACACCGGAACCCGAACGUCCAGCUAUACGCUCUAGAGGUAAGUUGUCUCGGGCGUGAGGAUGUAGGCCUUCGAAGCCACGGACUAGCCGAAAUCCGAAUGCGGUCAUGGCUCUUGGGUCUCACGGGGCAGACUGCCCUCUCCACAUCAACAGCUAACCCCUCGCAGCUCGCAAAUACCCUUGCGCAGAAUACCGGCAAGCCGCUCAUGGAGGAGCUAUCUUCACGAAACUGGACAUCGUCGUUAGAUCGGUUGGUCAAUGAUAGGGCCACGAAUGCGGCAGUAAAGAAGAAGGCGCUAGGAUAUAUCAAGGCAUGGGCGAAGCAGUUCGAGGACACAAAGGAACCCAACUUGACUUUGAUGUCUGAGCUGUACGACCAGCUUCGCGCAAAGAACUUCUCGUUCGGCGAUGCCGAGCCUGUUCCUGAAGAUGCUGCGGACGCUCGCCGAAGACAGGAAGAGGAGGAGCUUGCGCGCGUACUCGAACUUUCAAAACAAGACAAGGGUGGCCGCAACACCACUUCACAGUCCACAUAUCAGCCAUCCGGCUCGUCAUCCUCCGCGGCCGCUGCUUCCCGUACUCAGCAGCCCGCACCUGCCGCUCAAUCCUCUUACCAGCCAUACCAAUCGUCAUACGCGAACAACACCCAGGCUGGGGCUGCACCUGCCCGAGCAUCAGAGCCCGAGCCAGCCCCGCUAGACGUCAAUACCGCGACUCGCGUCAGGGCGUUGUAUGCAUUCUCCAGCGUAGAGGUGGGAGAGCUGAACUUUGAGCGGGGAGACGUGAUCAAGGUGCUGGAUAGGGGGUUCAAGGAGUGGUGGCGCGGAGCAUGUAAUGGAAGGAUUGGUAUCUUCCCAGUCACCUAUGUCGAGGCGCUCGCAGAGCCGACUGCUCGCGAAUUGCAGGACGAGGCACAAGAGGAAGCUAGAGUGUUCGCAUCGCUCGGCUUAGUUGAUCAGCUCCUCCAGACGCUCAAGUCAAUUGAUCCCGCUCGCGGGGAUAGGCUGGAUGACCGACCCGAGGUGGAGCAAAUGUAUCAGGCAAGCGUAGGAUUGCAAGGGCAAAUCAACGCCUUGAUUAAGAAGUAUUCCGAUCAGAAGGCCGAGCUCGAGCAUAUGAAUGCCAACUUCCUCCGAGCUAUGAAGCAGUAUGAGGAACUUCGCUCCCCUCCCCAACAAUCAUACUUCCCUCCCCCUCAACCCGCGCACGACCCCUACGCCCAGGCUCAACAUCCAGGCUAUCCUCAACAGCCUCAGCCGCAGCAACACCCCUCCCAGCCCAUCUAUAGCCCCCAACAUGCCCCUCAGCAACAGGUGCAUCCCGCUCAGUACGCUCCCCAGCCCACCCAACAAGCCUUCCCUGCUCCCCACCCGUCCGUCAGCGUCACCAACCUGCACGCCCAAGCGCCCGCCGCUUCGCCGGACGCGUACUACGCCCCUCAGCCAGGUCAACACGCCCCUGAGUAUCCUCAGCAGCCGCAGGGUCAGGCUCAGACUCAGCGGAUCCCGUCUGGCGCUCCCAAUUUCCCGCCUAGCGAGCCUCUGCGGACCGGCACGGAGCCGGGGGCGGCGGGCAUGGGUGCUGGCGCCGAGGGAGACGCGGCGCAUAAGGCUGCUUGGGACGCAUACUAUCGUCAGCAGGCCGAAGCGCAGGCGCAGGCUCAGGCGCAGGGACAAGGACAGGCACCUCGACAGGGUAGCGGACCGUCCCCACCUCGGCACCAGGGAUCGGAUCCUAAUGCUGGUCAGCAGCCGCACCAGCCGUCACAGGUGCCGUAUGGUCAGAGUCCAUACCCCGCUGCGCCGGAACAGCAGGGGCACCCGGGCGCCCCGGGGUAUCAAUACCCCACGGCCCAUCCCGGUGUGGAUCAUCUCAGCCAGAGUGUGAACAGGAUGUCGGUGCAUGGGCAGUAA